AAAAGAAAAAAUAUCAAGCAAAAUUUGACUGGAGGCAAACAACCGUAUCUGAUCAGCUUUGUUCCUGCAAAUGCACAUCAUUUUCGAAUAACAUCGCCUCGCAGUGAAACCGGAGGUGUAGGAGGAACAUCUAGUUCUACCAGUGGAUUUGGUGGCGCAAGUGUCAGUUUGCCUGUUGAGCUUUCUACACUGGAACCAUUGUGGAACCAAGAAGUGAAUAGUUUAUACGGAAUCGGUGGCACUGGGGAAAGAGGAUGUGUCAGCACUGGACUUGGAAGCGAUUUAGGAAGCGCUUGCGAAGUCGGAACCUUUAUUACUGCAAUUCCUGGAAUCGAUCGAAUGGAUCUGAAUGACUUUGACAGAGUGCCUCAUAUUCCAGCCGCCAACAUAAGAUUUCUUCGAUACAUUGGGUGUGGGGCGUUUGGUAAAGUAUGGGAGGGCUGGCUACAUGUUUCGAACGAUCACACAGAAAGAUUUGAGAAAGUAGCCUUAAAGGUUCGAAAUGUCAAAUCUUUAACAGAAGCAGAGUUCAAACGGGAGGCCACACUGAUGCACAAAUAUCAGCAUGCAAAUAUCGUCUGCUUCCAUGGUGUUUCGUUUGAUUCGCCAGGACAACAGUGCUUGGUAUUAGAGAUGAUGGAGCAAGGAAAUCUGCGAGACUAUUUACAUAAGGGUUGA